GUGACAGUCAUUCCUUUGAAAAAAUUGUAUUUGCGUCAUCUACCGAAGAUGAAGCAGAUAUGGAAUAAGGACCCUCAUGGAAUUUUCAACUUUCCAAAUCUACAAGUAGUAAGUGCUUGGGAAUGUGAGAGUUUGCAAAGUUUGUUCCCAGCAUCUGUGGCUAGAUGUCUCAUGCAAUUGGAGGAUCUUCGGAUAGCGAUUGUGGAGUGGAGGAAAUUGUUUCACGGGAAGAAAUUGCAGAAGCAGCAGCAAGAUUUGUUUUCCCUAAAGUAACUCUCCUAAUCUUCGUAAUUUGCCAAAGCUCAAGUGGUUUUGCCGAGGGGUGCAUACUUCAGAAUGGCCAUUGCUAAAAGAAUUGGAGGUGUCUGAAUGUGAUCAAAUUGAGAUAUUUGCUUCAAAAAUUUUGAACUUUCAAGAAACAGUUGAACAGAGCCAACUAGAGACCUCCACUCAACAACCCCUUUUCUUGGUUGAAGAGGUUGCAUUCCCUAGUUUGGAAACAUUGCGUUUGGAUCAGUGUGUGUUGGAAGACAUAGCUAUGAUUGGAGAGCUGAGAAAUUUAGAAAAUCUUAGCCUUCUUCACUCCAAGGUUGAACAGUUGCCGAGAGAAACAGGGCUUUUGACUCGUUUACGGAUUUUGAAUUUGAGCAAUUGUACCAAACUUAAAGUGAUUCCACCAAAUGUCCUAUCAUGUUUGAUACAAUUAGAAGAGCUGUAUUUUGGCAAUAGCUUCAGUCAGUGGGAGGUUGAAGGACUCAACAAUGAAAGAGCUAGCCUUGCAGAGCUAAAGCAUUUGUCACGAUUGACUACUUUAGAAGUGCACAUUCCAGAUGCCAACAUGUUGCCAAAAGAUCUGUUAUUCGAGAAGUUGCAAAGAUACAAAAUAUUCGUAGGAGAUGUGUGGGAUUGGUCUGAUAAACAUGAAAACUCAAGAGCACUAAAACUCAAGUUGAAUACAAGCUUUCAUUUGGAGAGGGGGAUUAAAAUGUUGUUGAAUGGUAUUGAAAAUCUGUGUUUGGAUGAGUUAAAGGGUGUUAAGAGCGUCAUCUAUGAAUUAGAUAUGACAGGCUUCCAACAACUGAAGCAUCUCCAUGUCCAAAACAAUGUCGAGAUCAAGUACAUCAUCAACUCAAGAGGGAUGGUUAUCUCUGAUGUUGUCUUUCCUGUCUUGGAGAUACUCUCUCUCAAAAACAUGAUCAACUUGGAAGAAAUAUGUCACGGCCAGAUUCCCUCGGCAUCCUUUCGUAACUUAAGCAUUAUGAAAGUGGAACAUUGUGAGAAACUAAAAUUUAUCUUCUCGUCAACCAUAGCCAAGGGCCUUCCACAACUUCAAGAAUUGGUGAUAAAAGAAUGCAGCAUAAUGGGUGCAAUAAUCAUAAAAGAGGGUGAAAUAGAAGACAGAGAUAUGAUCUUGUUCCCUCAAUUGCGUCUCUUAGAACUCCAUCAGCUUCCAAAGCUCGUGAGCCUUUUAAACACACAAAAGUCAGUCAUAAAUGAUGCUGGAGAAAUCAUUCUCGAUUGCGAGCUGGAUUUUCACAUGCCAAUCCUACAGGAACAGGUUGUGUUCCCCAACUUGGAAACGUUGGAACUGUCCUCUAUACACUCUGAAGAGAUACUACUUCACAACCAACAUCGGCCAAGCUCCUCUUUCAAAUUAACAGACCCGAGAUUUCAAAAUUUGCGAAACUUGAUCGUGAAAGGCUCUGGCAGUUUAAAAUAUCUACUGUCAUCCUCUACAGCGAGAUUUAUGAUGAAUGUCCAGCAUCUUCACAUAAUUGAAUGCAAGGUUAUGGAAGAGAUUCUACACAUAGAUGAAGAAGAAAUACUUUCAGAUGCGUUGUUUCCUCGACUAGAAUGCUUGGUCUUAGAAGAUCUUCCAAUUCUUAAAAGAUUCUGUAUUGACAGUAAUGUGGAAUUUCCAUUAUUGAAGAAUUUUAGAGCAAACAGUUGCCCUAAAUUGAAGACAUUUGCAUUCAUACAUGCCAGUUCAAACAUGGAGGUUCGUAAAGGACUCGUGGAAAUAAAUUCAGAGGACAAUCGUCAUACAACUUCGCAAUCACACAUCAAUGAAAGCAUUGUGUUCGCCAACUUGGAAAGUUUGGAACAGUCCUUAAUAGACUUGGAAGAGAAACAGCAAAACCAACAUUGGGCAAGGUCCUUUUGCAAAAUAACAAACAUGCAAACAUCCAUAACGUUUCAAAAUUUGUCGACUUUGGGCGUGUGGGGCUCUGAUAGUUUCAAAUAUUUACUGUCAUCCUCCGUAGCAAGAUCUAUGGUGCAGGUCGAGUGUCUUCGCAUAGUGAAUUGCAAGGCUAUGGAAGAGAUACUAUUCAUAGAAGAUUUAGGAGAUGAAGAAGAAGAAGAAGAAAGAAUUCCUAAGAUGUUGUUCCCUCGACUGGCAGUCCUGGAACUAAAUGGUCUACCAAUUGUGAAAAGAUUCUGCGUCGGAGGUAAUAUUGAAUUUAAAUCCAUGAGGUCACUGUGGAUAGAACAUUGCCCUAAAUUGAAGACAUUCAUAUCCAAACCUUCCAAUUCAGACACAGUGAUGACUGUCUGCAAAGAAAUCAAGGAAAUGAAUACAGAGGAAAUCCCUCGUACUGUUGCUAUACAACCUCUCUUCAGUGAAGAGGUUGCAUUCCCUAGUUUGGAAUAUUUGAAAAUAUCCUACGUGGAUGACUUGAAAAUCAUAUGGGACAACCAAAUCCCCCCAAAUUCCUUUUGCAAGCUUCAGACAAUGAAAGUUGAAUUCUGUGAAAAUCUUAUGAACAUCUUUCAAUCUGAUAUGCUGACAAGAUUUGGGAGCCUAGAGAAUCUCACCAUAACUGAUUGUGGUUCACUACAAGAAGUAUUUCAACUGCAGGAGCAAGAUGCUAAAGAAACGCAUGAUGUAACUGUCAUUCCGUUGAAAGAAUUGCGUUUGGAUCGCGUACCCAAAUUGAAAUAUGUAUGGAAUAAGGACCCCCAAGGAAUUUUUAAUUUUCCAAAUCUCAACCUUGAUAGUACGGGUUUAAGAAGUUACUGGUCAGACUCAGUGCCUAGUGACUAGAUGUCUCACGUAAUUGGAGAAUCUUCAGAUGGUUGUCUUAGGGGUGGAAUAAAUUUUUUCUUUGUUGCUCUAGUCCUGCUCUAGUAUAUGUAGGUUAUAGUAGCUGCUGUAUUUCUGGUAGACUGGUAUUUGUUGCUGUUGGCUUGCCUUUUUAGGAGUCUUGUUUGUUUGUUGUUUGUACAUUGUUGCUGGGUUUCCAAUCAAUUUUCUUG